AUGGUUGGGCUAAGAACAAUGUUAGUUCACCUAAAAUCAGUUGAGAAAUCUUGGCAACCACAGGAUUUUUUGCCAGACCCUACAUCGCCCGACGAAUUCACCAAGCAAGUGAAGGAACUAAGAGAGAGGGCCAAAGAGAUCCCGGAUGACUACUUUGUUAUGUUGGUUGGAGACAUGAUCACAGAAGAAGCCCUUCCAACUUACCAAUCAAUGUUUAAUACUACUGACGGAAUUCGGGACGAAACGUGUUCAAGCCUCACUUCGUGGGCAACUUGGGUUAGGGGAUGGACUGCCGAAGAGAACAGGCACGGUGACCUCCUCAACAAGUAUCUCUAUCUCUCUGGAAGAGUUGACAUGAAGCAAAUUGAGAAAACAGUUCAGUAUCUCAUUGGGUUUGGAAUGGACAUACAGACAGAAAAUAAUCCCUACCUAGGGUUCAUUUACACCUCAUUCCAAGAGAGGGCAACCUUUAUAUCUCAUGGUGACACAGCUAGGCUUGCCAAACAAUAUGGGGACACAAGUCUGGCUGAGAUAUGUGUCGGCCUUGCCUCCGAUGAAAAGCGCCACGAAACUGUUUACACCAUGAUAAUGGAGAAGCUCUUUGAGGUUGAUCCUGAUGGAAGUCUCGUGGCAUUCGCCGACAUGAUGAAGAAGAAGAUAGCCAUGCCAGCCCACUGGAUUUAUGAUGGACGUGAUGAUGAUCUUUUCAGGCACUUCUCGGCUGUUGCACAGCGACUGGGUGUGUACACUACCAAGGACUAUGGUGAUACAUUGGAGUGUUUGGUUGAUAGAUGGAAUGUGGAGAAGAUCAGUACUGGACUUUCGGGGGAGGGUCGGAAGGCUCAGGAUUAUGUUUGUGGUUUAGCUCCAAAAUUAGAAGGCUGGAGGAAAGAGCUCAGGGAAGGGCCAAGCAAGUAG